UGGGUGGCUGGCCCCCCAUGUGACCCCCUCCCUCCCCGCUCCCCAUGUGCCCGCUCUGAGUGUCACUGCUGCUUCACGCGCCACCACACUCUCCUCCGUGAUCCCUGCCUGCCUGCCUGCCUGCCUCUCUAGAUCAAGCCGCGUUCAUCUUCCAGAUCACACCAGCGUCGGACGAGCCUGCCCUGACCGUCUCACCUCGAGACGCCAAGCAUGAUCCCUCGCAUCGCGGCCGCGGCGGCGGUGUGCGCGCUGCUGCUGCUGCUGCUCGGGCCUGAGCCCGCGGCGUCGCAGCAGGAGGGCGGCGUGUCGGAGGCGUACGCGGCCUCCUUCGCCUCCCGCUUCGACGCGCCGCCGUCCUGGACCUUCCCCAACCCGCGCCUCCGAGCCGCGUACGCCGCGCUGCAGGCGUGGAAGCGCACGGCCAUGUUCUCCGACCCCUCCAACUUCACCGCCAACUGGGCCGGCCCCAACGUCUGCGCCUACAACGGCGUCUUCUGCGCGCCGGCCCCCGGCGCCGGGUACGGGCACGGCGACGUCGUCGUGGCGGGCAUCGACCUCAACCACGCCGACAUCGCGGGGUACCUCCCGGCGUCGCUCCCGCUCGGCCUCCCCGACCUGGCGCUCAUCCACCUUAACUCCAACCGCUUCUGCGGCAUCGUGCCGGACACAUUCCGCCACCUGCGCCUGCUCCACGAGCUCGACCUCAGCAACAACCGCUUCGUCGGUAAGUUCCCAGAGGUCGUGCUCGCGCUGCCGUGGCUCAAGUACCUCGACCUCAGGUUCAACGACUUCGAGGGCUCCAUCCCGCCGGCGCUGUUUGACCGCCCGCUCGACGCCAUCUUCCUCAACUCCAACCGCCUCCGCAACCCGAUCCCGGCGAACCUCGGCAACUCGCCCGCCUCCGUCGUCGUGCUCGCGCACAAUAAGCUUGGAGGGUGCAUCCCGCCGUCCAUCGGGAAGAUGGCCGAAACGCUGAACGAGAUCGUGCUCAUCGCCGACGAGCUCACCGGAUGCAUCCCGCCGCAGGUGGGGCUGCUGAAGAAGGUGACUGUGUUCGACGUCAGCGACAACCACCUGCAGGGCCAGCUCCCGGCGAGCAUUGGUGGUAUGGCCGCCGUCGAGGAGCUCGACGUCGCCAGGAACCACUUCGAGGGCGCCGUGCUGGCCGGCAUCUGCGGCCUGGCGAGCCUCAAGAACUUCACAUACACGGACAACUUCAUCACCUCGCGCCCGGGCUGCGCGAAGGCCACAGCCGACGGCGCCUGGAACUGCAUCCCCGGCGCGCCGGUCCAGCGCCCGCCGUCGCAGUGCGCGCCCGCCGCGGCGCACCCGUUCGACUGCAGCAAGGCGCAAUGCCAGGCAGCGGCGUACACCCCGACUCCUGGUGGUGGUCCCCCUGGCGGGCAUGGUGGAGGUGGCCAGCCCACGCCGGUGGGUUCGCCUCCAAAGGGCUCCACCACUCCGUCCUACCCGUCGCCGCCGUCGAGCGCCACCACUCCGUCAUACCACUCGCCACCCAGGGGUUCCACCACUCCGUCAUACCCAUCGCCGCCUCAGGGCUCGACCACACCGUCCUACCCUUCACCACCGUCCAGCGCCACCACUCCGUCCUACCCGUCGCCGCCUCAGGGAUCAAGCACUCCGUCUUAUCCGUCGCCGCCGUCGAGCGCUACCACCCCGUCUUACCACUCGCCACCUCAGGGGUCACCCGUGACGCCGUCAUACCCAUCGCCACCAAAGGGCUCUUCCAACCCGCCGUACCCUUCACCGCCGUCAAGCUCCAGCACGCCAUCCUACCACUCGCCGCCGCAGGGCACGCCAACCCCGUCUUACCCGUCACCGCCGUCCGGCUCCACAACUCCAGUGACACACGCGCCGCCCCCACCGACAUCGGCCGACAAGCCGGACGUGCGGUACGGGCCGCCCCCGGGCUCGUAUGGCCCCAGCCCCUCAACGCCCCCGUCCCACGGCUCGUCGUCGCCUCCCUCUACGGGCUACCAGCCGCCAUCCUCCGGCCAGCCCGCGGCGUCGCCGCCCACAGAGCACCCCGGCUACGUCCUGCCGCCACACGCCCCUGGGACCCCAUCCUCGGCCCCGUCACAUCCCACCACCCCCUCGGGGCCGGGCUUCCACCCGCCGACGACGCCAGGAACGCCGUCUUCCCCGCCGAAGCAUUGCUCGCCGCCGUCUCAGGGCGGCUCCACCGGCGGUGACCACGGCCACGGGCACCCACCCGGCGGGAAGCUGCCGUUCCCGCCCGUCUACGGCGUGUCAUACGCGUCGCCGCCGCCGCCGGUGAAGCCGUACAACUAGUUUCUGAUCAUCGCCACCUCGCCGGAGCGCCGGCUCAGCUCCGACCACCAUUACCACCAUCUGCACCAGUAUAAUACUUCUCCAUCCCUCUGGUAUUUCUGCUGCUUCUUUUUUCUGCUUCUUCCUUUUCUUUGACGAAUAUUUGAUCAAAUUGAAUCAAAGAGUUGCAAUGUAUUAAUUCCUUUUUCUUUCUUC